CAAAUAAAUAAAUAAAACUCACUCUUUACCAAACAGUAACAAAAACCCAUUUUCUCUACUCACAAGGUGAAUUGUUUUUGGGCUUCGUCAAAAAUAAGGAAAAAAAAAAAGAAAAAUUUUAUGGCUUGUAUAGCAGACAUCAUAGCACCCGGUAUUUUGUAGAAACAGACAGAAAAUAUCAAUAUAGAGAGACAGGGGAGGAUGGUGAAAUAGGUCUUUUAUCCUAUUUGCUGUUUGCAACUUGAUUUUUUUUCCUUCAUAGAGUUGUCUUGUCUAGAAAAUUCUGUGGGAUUAUUUUCGCGGGAAAGUUUAUCGGGAAAAUUAAACCAAAAUAACCCACUUUUGUUUGUGUUGAAUAGUGGAUUCUCUUUCUACUCAUCACCACCAUAUCCUGAUUAUCCUAUCUUUACGUAACGAAAAAAAAAAGGAAAGAAAACCUUAAAUAUUCAAUAAACAUAGUGAUAUCAAAUCCGAAGUCUUGCUUUUCUCUUUAUAAUCAUCCAGUUUCACCAAUUUUCAAUCUUUUUUUCUUAUGAAUACCAUUUUUCUUCUUUUGGGUAUUUAGAAAACAUCAUAAAUUUCAAGCUCUUGAUCCGGGUCAUCAAGUCACGAUGAAAUCCGUGUCGCUGGAUUAUUGGAGGAACUAUUUUAGAACGGCUAAUUGUGAUAUUUUCGGUAUCAUCGAUAAUGCGAUCAUCGUUGCAGCUUCGGAUUGUCCCAAUGAGUUCCGAUUGCGUAGAGAUCGAAUUGCAGAGCGAUUGUUCUGUUCAAGAUUGACUCGGUGCUCCGGUUGCAAUCGUGUUGAGUUGCCGGUGCCGGCCUAUGAAGGUGAGAAUGAUGAUGAUGGAGGUUGCAAGAGAAGAGUUGUUGAUGAUGAUGAUUAUGAUGAUGAAGAUAUUGAUAUUGAUGGAUGUGAGUUUGAGGGUAGAGGGAGCAAGGAGAGCAAGGUCAAUAGUAGUAAUAGGGAUGAUAAUGAUUUUGAUAAUGGGGAGGUUAAUGUGAAUGAUCACUUGGUGAGUAAUUAUAGUUACGGAGAGGCUGAGGCCUUGACUGAUGAGAUUGAAGAAGAGUCUCAGAUAGUUGGUGAGGUCUUGAGGAUCAAGGACAUUCUUCUAAACAACCGAGAUGAGACUGAUUCUUUGUUGUUUGAAUCAUUAAGAAGGCUCCAAUUGAUGGUUCUGACUGUGGAUACACUUAAGGCAACUGAGAUCGGAAAGGCUGUCAAUAGCCUCCGGAAGCAUGCUUCAAAGAAUAUUCAUAUCCUUGCACGAUCUCUUAUAGAUGGAUGGAAGGUUUUGGUGGAUGAGUGGUGUAGUGCUACAAAGGCUUUUGGAGGUGAUGAAGGUACUCCCGAGUCUGUGAAUCCCUCUGUUGUUGAUGAAGAGGAAGGGCUUCCAUCUCCUCCAUUAGAUGAAGGAGCUUUCUUUGCUACGCAGACUACUGGGAUAGAGCUCUCACAGUUCUUCGAUGGCAUGGAUGACUUUGGAAAUCCUCGAAACAGUGGGGAAUUCAUCAAGAACAGUGAAAAUGGACGAAAACCUUCACUGGGGAAUGAGAAUGUCACAAAGAGAAAAGAGCAGACUCCUAAUGAGGCAAUUUUUGUUGCGAAAGACGAUAAGAGUCAACAAAUAAGGAGGCGGGAAGCUGUCACAAAGCCAAAUAGGCCCUCAAAUGCUGAUUUUGGUCCUGGAAGACCUCCAAAACAAAGUGUUGAGCGAAAAGCAAACAAUGAUUCAAAGAUAAUGCGAAAAACAGAAAGGGUUGUGAGCCAGAGAAAGCCUCCAAGUGGUCAACAAGAAAAAUUCAAGUGUUCAGAUGAAGUUGCUGUCCAGAUGAAACUUGAAGCCACCAAAAGGAAACUCCAGGAAAGUUAUCAACAAGCUGAGAAUGCCAAGAGACAGCGGACGAUACAGGUCAUGGAGUUGCAUGAUCUCCCUAAACAGAGGCUUGUACAAAAAAAUCCACAUGCGAGACCUGGAAGCCGUAACCGGCAUUGGGCACAUGCCCAUGGGCGGUGGCAACCUUCAUAGUUAUCUGCAAAUUGGGUGUCAUUUACAUUUCCAAGUUUCUUACUUUCCGAAAGUGGAAGGAUACUAAUUACUCUGGAGCAUACCUUGAUUUGAUCCAUGUGCAUCACCAAUAAGAACUCCAUAGAUUGAUCAUAGUAGAAACAAGGCCAUUCUGGAUUACAUGGAAACAAACAUUUGAAACUAUUGUCCUAUGUUCAACACAUUCAGGUGUAUACACUUCGUCUGAGGAAAUAGGUGGGGCAGGUUUGUCAGAGUUUGUGGCUUAUGCAGCGUAGAUUCUUGGUACUGAGAUGAAAUGUCCAUGGGAAAACAUUUGAUUUGCACAAGCCCAUUCUUAUUGGCUGCUUCUCAUCAUAUAUAUAUAUAUAUAUAUAUAUAUAUAUAUAUAUAUAUAUAUAUUUUCACUUUUUCACCCUGAAAGAGAUGAGAGACAUUUACUGGGAAAUGGUAUACAUGAAUUUGCACAGCUUUUCAUUAAAAGAUGCUGUAGAUUCCCCGAUUUUAAUUUAUAAGAUCAAACUUUUAACGAUUUUGAUAUUA